GUUCCACUCAGUUACAGACCCGCCGACCAGUUACAGACGGUUUAGAUACAGCGGACAUUUAACUUCGUCGCAGAAACAGAACAGAAAACAUGGCUAACCCAGAAAGAACAGUUGUUGUAGCUAUGGACGGUAGUGACUACUCUAAUUAUGCAUUUGACUGGUACAUGAAGAAUGCCUACCACAAGGGGGAUCAUGUGAUCUUUGUCCACUGUCCUGAGUACCAUACUGUUGUACAAUCACCCAUGGUGAUGGCCGAUGUGACGGUUCUGACUGACAUGUGGAAGGAAGAGGAGAAGAGGAUCAAGGAACUGUUGGAGAAACUAGGGCAGCAAAUGAAAGACCAUGGGAUCGGAGGAAAAGUUAAGAGCAUUGGCGGCAGCCCCGGUGAAGUCAUCUGCCAGGUGGCGAAGGACGAGAAUGCCCAGCUGAUUGUCACGGGAACACGUGGAAUGGGCAAGAUCCGCCGCACCUUCCUGGGGAGCGUUAGCGACUACAUCCUUCACCAUGCCCAUGUACCAGUGCUGGUCUGCAGACACAAGGACGACCACAAGAAUUAGAGAGGUGGCGGUGUAUCCCCACCCCAAAGGCAUCACUCUGACCCUCAGGAUCUACAAAUAAAAUGGAGAAGAUAAAAAUUUCACUAUUGGACUUUUUAUAGAGUAUCUUGUACUCUUGUUUUCUGUUUUUUUCUAGUUUGAUCAAAUUGAUAACCAUAAUAGAAAUUUUUUGUAUGCAAAAAUAUGAUGCAUUUGUUUGUGUAUGAAGCACUUUGUGUGAGAAUGAAGCACUGCUGAUUAUGAUAAAAUCAAUAGCUUCUCAUUUAAAUUGGUAAAGUCUAAUUCUUGGCAUCUUGUGGAAAGCCAGUUAGCAUUGUUAGAAGACCAUGAAUUAAUAUUGUAAAAACCGUGAAAUUUCUUGUUAUGCAUGUAAUAUUUGCUUUAGGAAUCUGUGUUCAAAUUCAGAAAUAUGGAGUAGCUAUUUACAUGUAUGUCUCAUUAAGUUGAUAUUCAGCCUCCUUUUACAAGGAAACAGUUGAGAAAUUGCUGAUUUUUAGAUACUGGCUAUUAAAAGGCAUGGGGGAUGUAUGAGGAAGCAGAAAUAUAUGAUAGGUGAUUUGGUUUCUGUAUGAUGGAACAUCCACCUGAGGGUAGAGGUUAAAGGUUAUAUACAAUGUAGUUCAUACAAAUUAAUGUUGCCAUAAUCGUACUUAUUAAUCAUUUUAAAUCUUCUAUUAAUUCCUGUACAUCAAUUUUAUAUUUUCAAUUUUUUUGAUUCAAUAUGGUAUUUGGAGGAACUAUCUAGAUAUGAGUAUUGUGUAAACACUUUGUUGUGUAGAGUAGUGAUUCUGUAUGCAUGUAAUGCAUAUUUAGGACAACAAAACCAGACCAAUUUCUAUGUAUUAUAACCAGUAAAUAAAUUUUACUACUAUGA